CCUCUAGCUGACAGCUCCGCCCACCCGGCACACAAAGUCAGCUCUGUGCACGUGAAAACGCUCCGAACCGUUUUAGUCAGCGUCAACGCGACUUUAUUCGGACAUUUUCCGAUUACUAUGGUGGCUGUUUGAAAGUAAAAGAGCAAAGAAGAAGAAGAAGAAGUAGGACGAUGGCCCAGAAAGACACGCUUCUGCAUCUCUUUGCUGGAGGGUGUAGCGGUACAGUGGGAGCCAUCGUGACCUGCCCCUUGGAGGUGUUAAAGACACGACUACAGUCCUCCGGUCUCACCCUCCGGCCCGUCUUCCAGGUCCAGCUCGGUACCCUCAGUGGGACUGGGGUCAUCCGGCCAGGAACUGUUACGCCUGGGCUGGUGCAAGUCUUACGAUCAAUCCUCGAGAAAGAGGGACCAAGAUCUCUUUUCCGCGGUCUGGGGCCAAAUCUCGUCGGCGUGGCUCCGUCAAGAGCUAUUUACUUUGCUGCAUAUUCCAAAUCCAAAGAGCUCUUCAAUGGGAUACUGGUUCCCAAUAGUGGUGCUGUGCACAUGUCCUCUGCUGGUGUUGCAGCUUUUGUGACAAACUCUCUGAUGAAUCCCAUCUGGAUGGUCAAGACCAGGAUGCAGCUAGAGAAAAAAGCACGAGGAGAGAAGAAAAUGAAUGCCUUACAGUGCGCCCGCCAUGUUUACAAAACUGAGGGUAUCCGGGGCUUCUACCGCGGCCUGACCGCAUCCUACGCCGGCAUUUCCGAGACCAUGAUCUGCUUCCUCAUCUAUGAGACACUCAAGAAGCGGCUCGCUGACAACCAGCUUACGUCCCCAAACAGUGAAAACGAGAAAAGAGCUUCUGACUUCUUGCGCUUGAUGAUGGCGGCUGCUUUCUCAAAGGGAUGUGCAUCCUGCAUAGCCUACCCACAUGAGGUGAUUCGGACAAGACUGCGUGAGGAAGGCAGCAAGUACAAGUAUUUCUUUCAGACCGGGAGGUUAAUAGCUUUGGAGGAAGGCUACGCAGCUUUUUAUAGAGGACUCAUUCCACAGCUAAUUAGACAAAUCCCCAACACAGCCAUCGUCCUGUCCACAUAUGAACUCAUUGUCCAUCUACUGGGAGACUCCAAGUAAAAAAAAAAAAAAAAAAAAAAAAAAAAAAAA